AUGGCUGAUAUCGAUAAAUACACAGUUGGCUGGAUAUCUAACAUUAGGCUAGAGUACGUUGCUGCUACAGCCUUUCUGGACCGUAUAGAAAACCUCGAGCCGGUGAAUAACUUAGAGUAUACUUGUGGCAAGAUUGGAAAUCACAACGUCGUCAUCGCUUGUAUACCAACUGGGGAGCUUGGGGUGGCGGGCUCGGCUAUAGUUGCAACAAACUUAAAGAACAUCUUUCGCAACAUCAAGUUCAUACUGAUGGUCGGCAUAGCUGGAGGAGCGCCAAGUCUUGUUCACGAUAUUCGUUUGGGCGACGUUGUGGUUGGUUCCCGGGGGAGCAGUGGCAAACCAGGCGGUGUUUUCCAAUAUGACAAGGGCAAAAGUAUACAAAACCAGCCAUUCUAUUCGACUGGACGCGUAAAAGAGCCACCAGCGUUUCUGCAGCUCGCUGUGGAUAGACUCAAAGACAGAUACGAACGAGAUGGACAUCAGCUACAAGAAUCCAUCGAAGAAGUGUUGACAAGAUUCCCAAAGCUCAGACAAAGAUACCAGAAGCAAUCAGAUGAUGAUUUUCUGUUCAGAUCAGAUAUCAUUCAUGACGACAACUCACAAAAUUCCAACUGUUCUUGGUGCCCUGCCGACCCCACCAAUUUGAUUCUCCGACUAAGGCGAGAUGAAAACACAGACGACCCUUCUGUACAUCACGGUAUAAUAGCCUCAGCAAGCCAGGUGGUCAAAGAUGGACAUCUCAGGGACAAGCUUGCCUCUCAAAAAGACGUCUUGUGUUUUGACAUUGGAUCUGCUGGUGUGAUGGGUUAUUUACCGUGCUUGGUCAUCCGUGGUAUAUGCGAUUACUCGGAUUCCCAUCCCCGGCGCCUUUGGUACGGCUACGCAGCAAUGACCUCAACAGCCUAUGCAAAAGACCUUCUCAGUUGUAUACCUCAACAAGAUUUCGAGCUCAAGGGUAGUAACGCAACAACGCUGCUACAAAGCUCCGGAGUCGCCUCGACUGGUAUCUCAAGGAAAUUCCACGAUAGACCUCCGACAGAGAAACCAUUUAGGGAACGCGUACGAGCUUCACUCUAA